AUGGCGCUCUACUACAACGAAAGGACAGGCAACGAUGACGAGAAGAGGGGCCAAAUGCUCAGUGAGUGGAAGCAUCCUCAGAAUAGGCGGUCUAGCUUGGCGCAAGAGGGAAGGACCAUGUCUGAUCCCAUGAUGCUUUGUGAAGACGACACCGACUCGGAGGACGAAGAUAACGUGCUUUCCAAGUUUGGCACCAGUAUGCGGAGUUUCUUUGCGGAUGACAAGCAUCUGCGAACGCCGCCUCCAUUGUCGAAGCUUUACCCACAAGAAGAGACCAAAGAACAGGUCGACCUCGGCGUGGUCACUUACCUCGGAAAGCAGUACAGCGCCAGAGAUGUCUUUGAACGUUGCAACAGUCGUCGGUCGCUCUCUUCCCAGAGUUCCAGUAGGACGCUUCAGUCGUUGGACGAGCAAGCUACUGAUCUCCGUUCGUGUCUGGUUCGAGGACUCUCUAAUCUCGUAGUAGGAGGAGGGGACGAGGCCAAUAGUACUGCUUCCAGUCCCAUGGCUGCCAAAAAUCGAGCACAAUCUCCACCACGGGAACGACCAUCACAAUCAUCGAGACGAAAUCGCCCAAAGAUGAGCGAGGUAUCAGUAUCAGCGGAUGGGUAUGUCGAACGAGACGAGUAUUUGGACAUGCUGUCUGUGGAUCAAGAGGAUUUACUCGACCUUGCGGACGACCCCACGGACUUUGCGGCUCUCAAGUUGGCUCUAAAAAAGAAUGGCGCCAUUACCAAUACCCUGCUACAACAAGGGCUUCAUGUGUUUGUUCACAAAAACCGGGAGCUCAAGCAGCGCCAGUCAAAAAAAGAUGAGAGUGCGCAGGAGGGGGCUGUUUCGGCGUAG